AUGUCUUCUACUUAUAAAAAGUUGGGUAUUGAAUUUAAAGAAUUGCCAUAAUCUCAAACAGAUGAAGCUAUCUAUUCUAUUCAAUCUAUGAGACUUGAAUAAAUUUUAAUAUCAGAAGGAGAAAUAUUUGAUUGGCCAAAUCUUUUGAAUCGUCCAGAUUUAGUUAGUUUAAAGCAUCCAGAUUAAUUAGGAACUUUAAUUAUGAAGGAUGAAAAAGAACCAAGCAGGUCAUUCUUUCUUUUUGAUAUUAAUAGUCCAUUAAGGAAUAUAGUGAUUGCUACAAUAAAGUCAAAGUAUGCUUAUACUAAUAUUAAGGAAAUAUUAAUUAACAUAUUUAAUCAUAGCAGUAAUUGGAAUUAUACCUUUUUGCAUGGAAGAUUCAAAAGUUAGUUUAGGAAUAGAAAUUAUUAUAAAUUUGAUAUUAGCAAUAGAUAUUAUUCUAAAAUCAAUAGCAAAUGGAUUUAUUUUAAGCAAGAAAUCAUAUCUAAAGAAUAUUUGGAAUAUAUUAAAUUUUAUAGCAUUUAUAUUUACAUGGUUUUUGUUUUUGAAUGAUUCAGAAAUUUCAUAAAUAAUAAAAACUAUAAGGUUUUUAAGAAUCUUUAGAUUUAUAGAAGAGGUAUCAAUAUUAAAAGUACAGUUUAAUGCUUAUGUUGGAAGCUUUUUAAGAGUAAAAUAAGUUUUAAUACCUAUUUUUUUGGUUAUGAUUUAUUUCUCAAUUAUUGGUUUACAUUUAUUUAUAGGUUUAACAGAAAGAAGAUGUCGUUUAACACAAUAUCCUAUAGAUAAUAUUUGGAUAGCAGAUCCAAAUAUUCAAAAAUUAUGUGGAAUUUGGGAAUGUCCAGAAAAUACUUAUUGUGGAAGUCUUUUAGAUUAUAAUCUUCCUAGAAAUGAAACUGAAAAUGAUAUAGAAGCAUUUAAUUGGAAUUUUACAAGAUUUGAUGAUUUUUUUCAUUCAUUGUUAGUUGUCUUUACAUUUUUAAAUGUUACUGGCUGGUCUGGAACAACAUUUAUGGUAUAAUUUAAUUAGAUAUUAGUUUUGGAAAGCCAUGACAACAUAUGUAACAGCAACAUAUUUUUUAAUUAUGAUUUUAUUGAUGGCUUUUAUACUUUCUAAUUUGUUAUUAGCAUUGUUUUAUGAAUCAUUUAUGGAACAAUCAUCUAUAAAAAAUACUUAAAAAAAAUUAAAAUAAGAAUAAUAAUAGAUAGAAGAAGAGAUUAAAAGAAAAAAUCAAUAAUAACUAAUAAAUCGUCUUAGUGAUAUAAGUAAAUAAAAAGAAAAAGGAAAUUAAACUUCUAAUUUUAGUAUCUAUUUUACAGAAGAAUAAAACAUUAAUAUUAAAGAAGUUGAAUAAGAGUUAUUUAUUAACAAACUCUUAAAUUCUCCUAAAAUCUCAGUAUUAAAUACUUUAUUUAUUUUUCUUUCUGCUUUUGUUAUUGCCUUUGAUUAUGAUGGUAUUUCUAAAAAUUAUGUUCAAAAUUUUUAACUAAUUGAUUUUGUUUGCAUACUUUAUACUUUUUUUGAGAUAACCAUUUAAUUUUGUGGAAAAGGUAUUAAAGAAUUUUUUGAAAAAAGAAUUAAUGUUUUCGAUUUUUUGAUAAUUUUAUCCUAAUGGCUUUUAAUUUUCUAUUUAGUAUGUUUUGAUUAACCUAUAAUAUAUAAUAAUAGUAGAGACAUUAUAUUUAUAAAAUCUCUUAAAAUUUUAAGAAUAUUUAAAUCAUUAUUUUUUGCAAAAGUAUUUUACACUAUUGCAGUAUUAAUAAGAUCUUUAAUAAGUACUUUAAUAGCACUUAAGAAAAUAUUGUUUUUAUGGAUUUGUCUAAUAUUUUUAAUGUCUAUAUUUGGUAAGCAUAUAUUGUAAAACAAAAUGUCUGAAUAAAAUAUGACUAUAUAUUAUAAUGAUCUAGGAUCUUCUAUAAUGGCAGUAGUCAAUAUAUUUUAUAAUGAAGAAUGGCACAUAACAAUGUAUAAAUAUGGUAGAAACACUGAAGCAUCUAUUGUAUUUUAUAUUAUUUGUGUUAUUUUUGGAUAAAUAUUUUUUAUUAGAUUAUUAACAGCUGUCUUUUUAAAUGAAUUUGGUUAACAUAUUGUAAGUGUUUAAAUAAGUCUAAAACCAAUAGAUUAUAAAAAGCUAUUUUCUAAAAAGAAAAAGAAGGUAUGAAUAUUAUUAAAGUAAAUAGAUUGAAAAUAUAGAAAGCGAAUAAAAAUUAUAGUAGGUUUAAUAAGGAAAAAGAAAAGAAAAAUAGAGAUAACAUUCUUAUUUGAAUAAUUGUAAAGUUAAAGGGGAACAGAAGAAUAUUAAUCAAUAAUAAGGUAAAGCCUCAUUUUAAAAUAUUGAUGAAUUAUUUAACCUUUUUCAAGAGAAUUAAUAAGAAAGUAAAUAAUAAAUAGUUAAAUCUGAUGCUGUUAUUAAACAAUUAGAAUAAGAGAAUAAAACUUUAUUUUUAUUUGCUGAAAAAAAUCCGUUACGUCUUCGCGUUAAGUCUUUAAUUGAAAAUUUACCAUUUAGAGUAUUUCUAAUUCUUCUGGUUCUGAUAUGUGUUGUAAGAACUAUGCUGCUGACCCCAUUUUUAGAUCCAGAAUCUGAUUUAUUUUCAAUUUUAAGAACAGUCCAUUUAGUAAAUACUGUUUUAUUUUGCAUUUAAAUAUUUUUUAACAUUAUUUCUGAUGGUUUAAUAAUUGGAGAGGAAUCAUAUUUAUAGAAAUCACCUUACAAUGCACUUAAUUUCAUUAUUACAACAGUAGAUAUUAUUGCUAUUUUUAAUUAUAAUUAAUUAAUAUUUAACCUUUUUUCAAGUUUAAGGAUUUUAGAGUUUAUCAGAAUUGGAGCAGAAUUAAAUUAAAAUAUUAAUUAUGUAUCAUAAGCAUUAAUGAAAGCUUUUUAAACUAUGAUUCAAUUAAGUAUAUUUUGUUUUGUGAUUCUACUUGUAUAUGGAAUAUUUGCAACAAAACUAUUAAAGGGUUGUUUAUAUUAUUGUUCAAUAUCAAAUUAAUUAUAAGAUUAAGUAAAUAAUAAAUGGGAUUGUAUGGACAAUGGUGGUUCAUGGGUAAAUAAGAUAUUAGGAUUUGAUAAUAUAUUUGAUAGUGCUUUAACUUUGUUUGUCACUGCAACUACUGAGGCUUGGCUUCCAAUCUUAAUAGAUACAUGGAGUUCUAGAGGAAAAGAUCUUGCUCCUAUUAACAAUCAUAAUAGAUGGUGGGCAGUAUAUUUUUAAGUAUUUUUUUUUAUUGGAAAUAUAUGUAUGCUUAAUAUGUUUAUAAGUUUGGUUGUAAAUACAUAUUAACAAACAAAAAUAAAAGCUUAAGGUAUGUCAGAUUUAAAUGGUAAUCAAAGAGAAUGGUUGUAAAUUAAAAAUAGUAUACAUAAUCUUACUCCAAGAGUUAAUUAUGAAUUACCUAAAAAUAAGGUAAUGCUAUUAUUUUAUUAUUUUGCUGAGAGUAAGAAAUUGAAAUACUUUUGGCAUUCAAUCAUUGCAUUAAAUACAAUAAUCUUAUCAUUAUUUUAUACAAGAUAAAAUGAGAUAUUUAGAAAUAUUCUAAUAGAAAUUAAUUAAUAUUGUAUUUUGAUAUCUGCAAUUGAAAUUUCAGUUAGAUUUAUAGUAAAAUAGAGGGGAAAAAGAGAUAUUUUUCUAUUAAUAGAUUGUUUUGGAAUUAUCUUAAAUCUUUUUGAUUUAUUCAUAUUAUAGUUAUUGUUUGAUAAUUUUUAUAUUAUCAGAUCUUGCAAAGCAUUAUCAGUAGCAUUCCAAUUAUUAAGAAACUAUUAUAUAAUUAGGUAAAAAUAUAUUAUUUUUAAGACGCUUUCCAGAGUUAGAGAAAUUAUUCAAUACAAUAUUUUCAGUUAUACCUUCUGCUUUAGCUAUGAUAUUUAUUAUGGCUUUAUUUCUUUUUAUAUAUGCCUCUUUAGGAAUGGAUUUAUUUGGAUAUUUGAGACCAUAAAAUUAUAUUGAAGGUUUUGAUCUCCAUUUUAAAAAAUUUACAACUGCUAUGUUUUCCUUAAUCAGAGUAGCUAGUUCAGAAUAAUGGUGGGCUUUAUUAGUUGAUUCUGUGCAUACCAGAACACCAGAUUUUGCUUGCAUUUACAUUAAUGAUUAUUAAGAUUAUUAAGAACAUGGGUAUAAUGGAUGUGGAACAUAUUGGGCAUAUGCUUAUUAUAUUUCCUUCCAUCUUAUAUUUUCAUUAGUCAUACUCAACUUAUUUAUAGCUUCUAUACUUGGUGCAUAUGAAGAACAUGUAAAAUCAGAAUAGAGUGCAAUUUCUAAAUAUUAAUUACAUGAUGUAUUGAAUCAUUGGGCAUAAUAUGAUCCAAAAGGAACAGGAUUUCUUAAUUAUAAGUAGUUUUGGAAGUUAUCUUCACAAAUAGCUAUCUGUUUUGGAGUUCCAGUUAAAGAACUUUUAGAUCCUGCAAAUAAAACUAAUUUUUUAAGAGCAUUAAAUAUUCCACUUUAUGAAGAUGAAUAAGGUCUAAUGGGCUAUCUAUUUCAUGAUGUAAUUGUUAGUUUGACUAAAUUAUCUGUUGAAUUAAAAUAUGGUGUCAAAGAGUAUAAAUUGUAAUCAUUAUUAGUUUGGAAUCAAGUUCAUAUAAAUGCAAAGAAUAUUUUCAUGAUUAUUACAAAAUAUUUAAGAUUACACCAUAUAAUAGUGGUUAAAUGUCAAGUAUUAUUUUCAUUUAAGGAAAAAUCAGAACAAUAAGAAAUAGAAAAAAAGGAAUUAAAUUCAUUAAUAUUGAAGCUCUUAAGUAGGAACUUUAAAAUUAAAAUGAUGCUUAAUAUAAUGAUAAUUGA